GCAUCCUGGUUGUUUGUGCUGCAUUCCCUUGUACAAUCUCCUGGUUCACUAGUGCGGAGUCUCCUCAAAAAUCUCCCCUCUAUUGUCUUUAUCUUUAUAUGCAUUUAUCUUGAAGUUCUUUCAACUUCAUUCCUCCAUCUUCGUUGAUCACCGCCUACCACUGACAUUACUGUUUGCAGCUGUUUGCAUCACAUUGCCUGCCUUCGACCUUUCUGUUGGGAUUCCUGUUGCAUACACCCUCCUCCCAUCACGGCGAUCUCUUGAUAUCCUUCAUCCUUUCUUCUUCGCCUCUUUCUUAGAUUAAUACCUGUGCCGUGCGCCCGCCAUGGAAGGCGACGUGGUAGCGCAGUUCACUGAAAUCACCGGCUCCAAGCCAGAGCUGGCUACCCAAUAUCUGCAGCUGACUGAUUUCAACAUCGAACAGGCUGUACAGCUUUUCUUCGAGAAUGGCGGUGCGCCACUGACUGAUGAUCCCUUACCGUCUGCCUCCACACCGCAGCAAGCUUCUCAUGCUGGCGGCUAUGGAAACGAGUCCGGGGUGGUCAAUAUCGACUCCGAUGACGACGUCACAAUAGAUGAGUCUCGCUCUGCGCCUCGGAACCACGGCGCUAUGUUCGAAGAUGAUGCCGCCAUGGCCCGUCGCCUCCAAGAAGAGAUGUACGGCGGAGGAGAUGCCGAAGAGAACGUGCGUGCGCCUAUGGCCCGUACAACAGAAACCUUGGUGGGGCCUGAAGCGGACUUUGACGAUGGCGAUAUGCAUGCCAGCAUAUUGGGUCAACUGCGCGCGCGCCAACAGCGAAACAACCGGCCGGGCAUCUUCAACCAGCGAGACACAUCGAUAUGGUCUGGAGAGGACGACACCUCGGAACGUGAACGGUUGGCUGCAGCGACUGGAGGAGCUUCCGAGGCCUCGAAUAAGUCUAAUAUGUUAGCUGAGAUGUACCGCCCGCCUUUCGAGAUCAUGUCCAGGCUUCCGUGGGAUGUCGCUCGUCAGGAAGGUCGCGACAAUGAGAAGUGGUUGAUGGUCAAUAUCCAGGACCCUUCAGUCUUUGAUUGUCAGGUUCUGAACAGAGACCUCUGGAAGGAUGCGGGCGUGAGAGACACCGUUAAGGAGCAUUUUAUCUUCAUGCAGUAUUCCAAGGACGACCCUCGCGCGGGACCGUAUCUGCAGUACUACUUUCAGGCCAGCGACGUCUCAGAUAAUUAUCCCCACAUCGCGAUUGUCGACCCCCGGACUGGAGAACAGAUGAAGGUCUGGUCGGGCCCACCCGUAAUCAAGGCGUCGGACUUUUUGAUGCAAGUCCACGAGUUCCUCGACAGAUACAGUCUGAAGCACAACGUGAGAAAUCCCGUGGCGAAGAGGAAGCCGGAGAAGAAGGAAAAGAGUAUCGAUGCAAUGACUGAAGAAGAGAUGAUGGAGAUGGCAAUGAGAAACAGCCUAGGGGAUGAGGCGUCGCAGGGUCCGAAGGUGGAGGACCCCGACGAUCUCACACGCAGUACUGAUGAUGUGAAGGGCAAGGGACGGGCUGAAGACGUUGGGAUGGAAGAGGCCGAACAACAACCUGAACAGAGCGUCUUCUUGUCCAUCCCGGACAAUCGACCCCACACAGAGCCCCCCGCCGAUCCUGCCACAACCACGCGCAUUCAGUUCCGACACCCAUCGGGGCGAGUGAUUCGACGUUUUGCUUUGACGGAUCCUGUCCAGCGGAUCUACGAAUGGCUCAAGGCUGAUCCGCCCUUGGAGGAUAAAGCCGGCGUGGAGUUUGAGCUGAAUGCAAUGGGCCGAAAUCUGAUUGACUCGCUGGAUCAGACCGUCGCCGAUGCUGGACUGAAGAAUGGUACGGUCAUGAUAGGGUAUGUCGAGGAAUAGACUGCAGUGGGACAUGGCACUUGAGGAGAGACUUGGGAGGUCCAGGACGGGGACCUAAGGAGCUGUCAGGACUGGUGCCUGUUGCUCUUGGGGCCAAAUUGCUGCUCUGGGGAUGGAUGCCUUUGUUUAACACGGAUGAGCAUCUCUCUGGAAGCCAAGCACCGACAUCAGGACUACUGAGUGGUUCUUUCCAAUUAUGUAGAUCGGGUCAUGCUUUGACUAGUAAUUGUCCUCUAUAUUUGCGAGUCUGCAUAAAGAGGAGAUGGAUCUAAUGGCUUCAUGAGAAAGAAAUCUGAGAAC